AUGACUGGUCCUGCCCCGGUGUUCAGAAGUGCUGCGGCAGUUGCCCACGAGAUUGCACUAAUCCUGUCUAAGUGGCCCCCACUCUCAGACCCUUCCCUCUCCACCUGGGAGCAGCAGUAUGGCAAAAGGCAGGAGCUGGUUUCAGAGGAGAAGGGGAAAACCCUCAAGAAGGAGACCAAUCAACAGCCCAAGGGCGCCAGGUCGUUCCGUCGAAAGAUUCGUGGGUGGCUUCGGUUGAGCAGCCGCCCACCUGGAAGGCCUCUUCUGUGGAGCAGGUCGCGCCUGUCUCCAGAUACGGAAACAGCCGCCUUGCGAGUCGCCAAACCGGUCCGUCGAGAAUCUGUCCUCGUAUUAUUUGGCAGGCGAAAGCGCUCACCGCUCUACGGGCAAAAAGACGCCGGAGAACUCCGAGACGCUCAGCCGCACCCACCGGUGGGGUGCGCGGACCCCCGAACCGGCCCCCGAGGAUCGCCAGGGGCCGCCUGGCGCAGCUCUCUGCCCUCGAACCCGGAGCCUCGGCGGCGCCAAACGAAGCGAAGCCUGGCCUGGAGCGGCAGAGUCGCGGGCCCCAGGCCUUGUUCGCCCGCGGAGAUUUCGAGCACCAGCCCCAGCGGUUCGGAGGGGUUCGCCGCACCGGAGGAAGGAGAGGGCGGCCCGCGGGGCACCGGCACCCUUUGCCAGGCCCAGGAGGGAGCGCUGGGGGAAGAUGAAGCCUCUGUCGCCUCGACAACAGGGAAAGGAGACCGGGUGGUGCCCGAAGACGCGGCGACGAGCGGCGACGAGGAGGAUGGCGCGUCCAGAAAGUCCCCAGGGCUCCUCGGGGACGCGCUUGAGCCCGAGCGGGCGGCGUCUGCGUCUGAAGGAGAGUUCGACUGCAUUCUCCCGGCGCCCGGUGGACCAGAGGAUGCGAAUGGCGCGGCAGGAACGGGCGAGAACGAGCCUCCUUCGGCGCUGCCCAGCGCGUCCCCCGACGGAGAGGAGGAUGCGGAGUGCCCGAUCUGCACAGAGUUUUACGACGGCGACGUCCACCGCCCGUCGCGCCUGAACUGCGGCCACGAGCUGUGUGCGCGCUGCCUGGGCGCAGUCCUGGAGGCGUCGGGCGCCGCCGAAAUCGGCCGCGCGCGCUGCCCGCUGUGCCGCCAGAAGACGCCGGUGAUGGAGUGGGAGAUCCGGAAGCUGCAGGAAGAGAUGCUCUUGCUCGAGUCGCCGCAAGAAUCGGCGGCCGGGCGCGCGGAAUUCGAACCCUUGCCCGAACGCCGGCCCGGCGCCUGGGGCCGCCUGGAGCACCGCUUCCAGAUGCGCUUCCGCGCCAGCCGCCCCGAGCACGGCGCCCUGCCCUGCCUGCGCUACCCGCUCGGGAUGGUGCAGGCGCUGGAGCGGCUGGAGCGGCGCAGCCGCUGGCUCUACCGGUUGGUGCUGCUGGGGCUGCUGGCCGCCGAGACGCUCAGCCUGUUGGUCUUCUUCCUGCCGCUGCUGGUGGUCUUUCUGCUCUUCGCCAUCCUGGAGAGGUGGCGGUGAGUUCCGUCGGAUAGGAGAGGAGUGGCUCUCCAACUCGGAUCUUCGCGGGAGGAGCGCGCGCGGGCCUUUCAAAGGGCUGCAGGAUUCGGAGUCAAGGAAGCGCUUUACACAAGGCAAGCAGGAUGGGAACGUGAGAGCGGGAGGCUCUUUGGGCAUUGCAAGCAGGAUUCGAACUCAAGAGCAGCCUUCGGUUGAGCAGGAAUUGCAGAGCCCGAAAAGGAUUCGAAUUCGAGAGUGGCGCCCCUUUCGCCCCUCCUGCUGUCGCCGGCCAAGCAGCUGCGAAAGUGCUUGAGGGCUUGGGUCGUGGAGACGAGAGUGGCCUCAUUCUGGGAGCCGAGUGGUGGGGAAGGGGGAAAGGGACCCGAGGGCCAUCCAGCCCAACCUCCUGCGAGACAGGCAUCUCCACCUGAGCCUCCAGGACAGAUGGCCACCUAACCUCUGCUUGGAAACCUCCAAUGGGAUAUUCAAGAAACAGAGCUAUAAUGGCUGAGAGCCGUCCUCAUCCCUCUUCUCCUCCUUUAAUUUAUCGACCUCUCCUUUAAAGCCGUCCAAGCUGGUGGCCAAAACUACCUCCUGCAGCUGUGAGUUCCAGGGUUUAGCUAUGGGCCAAGUAAACGAGGAUUUUAUUUUGCCCUUUUGCGGAAUGGAGUCAGCUGCUGUAGCCCUUUGGGGUACCUCCUCCCACACCCCCACACCCCUGCUAGGGGGUCAGGGAGACCAUCCUUUUAUUGGAGAUUCUUGCCUUGCAGCGGUUUGGGCUACAUGACCCGUGGCAUCCCAUCCUAUUGUACCACCCCAUGUUCUUAUAACUGUGAUUCUUGCCUUGUGUACACUUGAAAAUGUUGGCAGCAUUAAGAUAAAUUCAACAGUGCAAACAAGUUUUGAUGAAUGUAAUAAUGGAUUACUGAAUGGUUUAGUUUAUGUAAAAUAUGAAGGAAUUUAUGAUAUGCAAAAUGAACCGUGGAAAGAGAACAAGGGAAGUCAUUGACAUUUUCAGGUUGUUUAAAUGAAUAUUCUAAAUUGUAAAACAGAAAAUUUAAUAGAAAUUAUACACAAAAAGAAAAGAAAAGGCCCGUUCUUGUGUCGCCACCCUCUGGACCGCUGAAAGAGGAGGCACACAAAGAAGGGCCUCAGAAGAUGAUCUCAGGGUCCGGGUAGGUUCAUAUAGAAAUAGUCCUUGAGGUAUUGUGGUCCUAAGCUGUUUAAAGCUUUAUAGGUCAAAAUUGGACUUUUAAUUGGGCCUGAAAACUAAUUGGCAGCCAGAGCAGUGGGACCAGGAUUGGUGCAAUAGGCUCAAACCGUCUUGCCCUGGUGAGCAACCUGGCCGCUGAAUUCUGCGCUAGCUGAAGUUUCCACACUGUCUUCAGAGGCAGCCCCACGUAGAACGCAUUGCAGUAAUCUAACCUUGGGAUUACCAGAGCAUAGACAACAGGGGUUAGACUGUCUCUGUCCAGAUAGGGGCGUAGCUGGGCCACCAGCCAAAGCUGAUGGAAGGCACUCUUGGCCACUGAGGCCACCUGAGCCACAAGCGACAGCAAAGGAUCCAGGAGGACCCCCAGGCUAUGAACCUGCUCCUUCAGGGGAAGCGUAACCCCAUCAAGAACAGGCACCUCCCAGUCAUCUGUUCUAGGGAACCACUCACUAACAGGGCCUCUGUCCUAUCUGGGUUGAGCUUCAGUUUGUUGGCUCCGUUAUUGAGGCAAGACACUGAUCCAGAACUUCCACUGCCUCACCUGCAGGUGUAAAGGAGAAACAGAGCUGAGUGUCAUCAGCAUAUUGCUCACAGCAGACUCCAAACCUCCAGAUAAUCCCACUUAGAGGUUUCACAUAGAUGUUAAGCAUCUAUGUUGUUGUUGUUGUUGUUGUUAAUGUGGGGGACAGGAUUGAGCCCUGCGGAACCCCACAUUGAAGGUUCCACGGGGCUGAAUAGCAUUCCCUAAGCAACACCCUAUGAACUAGAUGACCCUCGGGGUCCUUUCCCUGUCAGUUAUUCUAGGAUUUAAUAGCUAUGAUUCCUGCCUUGCAGAGGGAUGAGCUAGAUGACCUCUGGGGAGUCCCUUCCACCUUUCGCAGCUGGCACCUAUAGGAAUCAAUCCCACCUCCUUGGCGUCACCCUUUCUCCUCCUGCCGUUUACUCAGUUUGGUUUGCUCUGCGGUCACCUUGGGAAAUACCCUUCCUCCAGGGGAGUUGCUUUCCAAAGCGGACUUUGAUUUUUUAUCUUUUUCUGCACACACAUACACUGCCGAUUAGAAAUCAAGGCAGCCUUGACCUUGGUGAGACCUCCAGUGCAAGAGGCAAUCUAUCUAGAUUCCAUCAUCAUCAUGACUAUUAUUAUUUAGAAGACUUAUUAUUAUUAUUAUUAUUAUUAUUAUUAUUAUUAUUAUUAUUAGCCUGGAAAGGUGCCUUCUGCAGUACCUGAGGAACCGAGUGCUUCCCACAGUCCCUGGUCCAAGAGCCCAGAGGGGGCAGCAGGUGGGAGGCCAUGGAGGGUCCACCUUCAGACCUUGGGCAAAGUUGCCUGAGGGCAGAGACUCAAGAAGGCUCAGUUUGGCUCCUGGAGCAAGUGGCUGCCUUGAAGCUGCUAUAAGUGAGUAUCCAGUAAAUCACCAAGCUAGACUGGUGAUGGCGGCACUCGCCCUUCUUCUGGUAGGAAGUAUUUUGUGAGGGGAUGAGGGGUCAAGGAGGGUCAGUUGUGGUGGAGUGAGAAACGUCCCUAUUUUCAUCUGAGGAAUGUUGGAGGGUAUGAGAUGGUGCAUUGGCCUGAUCCAGCAGACUCUUCUUAUAUUCUUUUUUUUUUAAAUAUUUUUUAUUAAC